AUGUUCCCCGAUGAGCUCAAGGGACUGACGCCGGUCGAAGAGAAGCUCAUCUCGCUGAACUCAUGUUACGGGCAUGUCAGGGGCCACAUCACAGUGUUUCCGAACAAUGUGCAGGAGCUGGCCCAAAGUGCUCCCGCACCCCUUUGCAAGCACUGUCUGGGAGACUCGAUACACGGGGUACCGUCGUCGGUGUGCGAUCGUAUGGAGCGGAACGAGCCGUCUGGGUGGGAGAAAGCGCGGACGGCGCACGUUGUGCCGCCCACGGAACGCGCCGUGGACGAGGAGGGGCCGGUGGAGAUCGAGGAGCUCUUCGCCCUGCUCAACCAAGGACAAGAAGCCGGCGGCCAGGGUGAAGGUCACGGGCCCAACGGAGAAGGCGCGGUUCGCGAUGGAAGUGACGCCUGCCCCGACCAGAACGUUCCAGCGAUCAACGAGGUGACGUCUUCUGGCAUGUUCGCGCUCGACGGACCGCCAGACGUCGCGGACGUGGAGAAGCUGCAGUUUGCCUGUGACGCUGUUGGUGAAGGUGCCGACGACGGCCGUGCGGGCCGAGAGCGUGGGUCGGGUCCCUAG